AUGCGUUCCCGCGUGUCUGAGCCUCUGCAGCAUCACCUGCAGCCUGCAUCCCCCCAGCUGAGCCUGAAACGGAGGAAAAACGGGACAAAUCGGUACAUUUUGGAGCUCAAAAGGAUUUGUUGUGUGAGACCGGGAGUGCGCAUGCGCAGAGAGGCGGCUGCAGACGCGGACUCGCAAAGCAGUAAGUCCAGCUACACCAUGUCACGACGCAGCGGCCGCUUAACUUUGCAAGCCAGAGAUUCCAACACACUGGAGCUCGCAGUGAAGCCGCUGCUCAAAAAGAGACGAUCAGAGUCUCUAAAGAAGAACGUGCAACCUGCCGCCAAGAAGCAAAGCUAUGAAAUCCAGAAGUGCUGGCGGUCUGACGGCGGGGCCAGUCCCUGUGUUCUCAUCGAAACUCCACAUAAAGAACUGGAACCAACAGAGUCCAAGAACUUCAGACAGUUCACCUUCAAGAACCUUUUCAUUCAGCCGUCACCGCUGCCACAGCUGAGCUGGGCCAGUUGUGAUGACGUUUGGAUCAAAAUGUUGAACAAAGAGCUGAAGUACGUUCACGACAAGAGCUACCUCCAGAAACACCCUAAAAUACAGCCCAAGAUGAGGGCCAUCCUGCUGGACUGGCUGCUGGAGGUCAGUGAGGUGUACAGCCUGCACAGACAGACGGCGUACUUGGCUCAGGACUUCUUCGACCGCUUCAUGCUCACACAGGACAACAUGAACAAAGACUUCCUCCAACUCGUCGGCAUCACCGCCCUCUUCAUCGCCGCCAAGAUUGAGGAGAUCUACCCUCCCAAGAUCUUCGAGUUUGCGUAUGUGACCGACGGAGCCUGCGACAUCUGGGACAUCCAGAAGACCGAGCUGCUCAUCCUCAAGGCUUUGGACUGGCAGCUGUGCCCUGAGACCCCGAUCUCGUGGCUGAAGCUGUACUGUCAGCUGGAGGCGCAGAGUGACGGACACAACUUCCUGGUGCCACAGUUUUCACAGGAGACAUACAUCCAGAUCACACAGGUAUCUGCUGCUAGCUAA